CCUACCAGAUUUGGGCCGCGCAGUACAUAACAUUAUCCCGAAAGGUGGGAACCUCAGUUUCGUACUGCCAAGAUGACGAUCAGGGUACUGUUUCUGUGCGCUUUCCUAGCCCAAGCGCUGGCUAUCAAUUUUCACCGAUGUGACAAUCUGCCAGCCCCGACGUCUGUCGUCGUGCCCGGAUGCACCGUGAUGCCAUGCGAGGUGCCGAAUCUGACGGACUUUUCAUUUGCCGUGCACUUUGCGUCGCCAUUUGCCACCGGAUCGCUCGAUGUGGACGUUUCGGCCAGGCUCGGGGACUUCAAUCUGCCCUACUUCACACCGGAUCAUUUGCGUAACGGAUGUAACAACAUCAACGCCCAGUGUCCCUUGGCAGCCGGGCAGAGCGUCGUCCUUAGCGGAACGGCACCGGUUGAGGCUCCACUUACCCGGGUCACCGUAACGAUGCGCUUCGAGAUCACCGGUGAUGAAGGCCGGCCGGUGGCCUGUUUUGCCGCCGAUGUGCGUUUGGUUUGACGAAUGAAGAUGACAACAAAAUAGGCUUGAUGUUUUGUCUUUUUUUCCAAAAUUUUUGUUUUCUAAAAAUGAGAUUAUGUCUGAAGAAUCAGAUUUUUUUUUAGUGUCAAAUGUGUUUUCAGAAAUAAACGAAGUAAGCCAUGAUUUUUGGGCAA